AUUUGCAUUUUCCUUCUUAUAAAUUUUUAAACUCUUGCGAUAUCGGCUCACCACAGCAAGAUGGCUGAUGAUGAUGGAAUUGAAUUUAAAAUAGAUGAGAAGAUUUAUGUUGACGAAUAUUCAUCCAUGGGUAGGAAACCAGAAAAUGGAACCAUAUCUGAAAAUAUAUUAAAUUUUUUUUAUUCUUAUGCAUAUAAUUGUCGAAAGUAUUUCAAUCUCUGUAGAAUUGAUAGUAAUAUUAUUGCCUUUGCUUCUGGCAACCUGAUUCAGUUUUUUAACAUAACAGAAAAUAAGAUUUGGUUUAAAAAGGCCUCUAUAGGUAACAGUAUUGGUCAUAUAUCAAAAAAUCCUGUUUCUGAACAUAUUGCUGUUGGAGUGAAUGGGAAAUAUCCUUUAAUCGCUAUUUAUAAUUGGCCCUCUAUGAAAAUUAUAACUGUAUUAGAAGGAGGAACAACUAAAUGUUAUUCAUAUUUAACAUACAGUCCAGAUGGAUUAUUAUUAGCAUCCCAAGGUGGUGAACCUGACUAUUAUGUUUCCAUUUGGAAUUGGAAAGAGUCAAGGAUCAUUUUACAAUGUAAAUCUUAUGUCCAAGAUGUAUACAACAUAACAUUUUCUAAGUAUACUCCAGGCCAGUUAACAUCCAGUGGAGUAGGACAUAUUAAAUUUUGGAAAAUAUGCAGGACUUUCACUGGAUUAAAACUUAAAGGUAAUGUGGGUAAAUUUGGAAAUACAGAGAUGUCUGAUAUUAUAGCAAUUCAUCCCAUGCCAAAUGAAACGGUGAUAUCAGGAUGUGAAUGGGGAAAUAUCCUUUUGUGGGAUGAAAGUUUAAUUAAACUUGAAGCAUGUAGAAAGAAUAAAGAAACAGCACAUAUUAACUAUAUCACUCAAUUUGAAUACAUUAAUGGAGAACUUAUUUCAGUUGGAUCAGAUGGAUUGAUAAGAUUUUGGUUUUACGAAACGAUAGAUCAUGCUAAUCUUUCCGACGAAGAAAAGUUCCUUGAAAUUCAGCCAAUUUAUGAGUUUGAAAUUGCAGAUAGAGAAGAGAAUGCAAUGCUUAUGUGUAUUCAAAAGCAAGAGCCAGAUGAUCCAGAAAAAACAGACUGGUAUGCUCAGGAUGGAAAUGGAGGACUAUGGUUACUUGAUCUAUGCACUAAUAAAAAAGAGCACAUACAAAGAAAAAUUUUCACCUGUCAUGCUGGUCCCAUUGUUGAUAUGGAUGUAGCAGAUUGGGGACCUUUCUUAGCUACACUCGAUAAAAACGGCAAUUUACAUAUUUAUAAUUAUAUUGAAAAGAAAUUAAAUAUUACUCACAAGUUUAAUGAUAUUGGAAGUCAAGUAAUUUGGUUUCCAUGUAAGAUUGAAGAAACGGGUUCAACACUUGUAUGUGCUUUUGAAAGUGGUGUUAUUAGAAUGAUUACAAUAUCUAUUCAAGCAAGCUCUACUGAAGAUAAUAUAAAAGGAGAUUAUACAAGGCUAAUUGAAGUUUUGAAACCACAUUCAAUGUCAAUUACUGUAAUGUGUUUAAAUACAUCUUGUAGCUUAUUGGUAACAGGUGGUAACGAUGCAACUAUCUUCGCAUUUAGUAUUCAAUCCACGAAAAUUUAUCCCAAAAUUUUACCUAUCGGUUACGUGAAAGUACCAUCGCCUGUUACUUGUAUGACAUGGAAUCCACAAGAAGAAGCAACUAUACUAAUUGGAUGCCUGAGGGGAGACUGUGUAGAAAUUCAUUUACCUACAAUACCUCAGUUAUAUACAACUACAUCUUAUGAACUCGUCAAGUGUAGUUCUGCAACAUUUAAGUUUGAAUCGAUAAAAUCUUCGAUACAAAGAGACAUUGUUAAAAAAGAAUAUGAAAAAAGAAAAGAGGAAAAGGUGGAAGAAAAAAGAAAGGAAAUGGAACAGCUAAUGGCAGAAAAUCCGCACAUUGUAAUUGAUGAAGAAGCAUUUCUCAUGGAAAUCGAAGAAGAAGAGAUGAUUCUCCCAGAAAUUUAUAUUCCAGAAGUUCCCAAUCAAAUUUUAGUAGCAGAAUAUGGUGUUAAUGGAAACAUAUGGCUAUUUAUGGCUGGUUUUGAUGCAGGAUAUAUUUAUGAAUAUUUACGACCACUAUCUGGAAAAAUGAAACAUCAUACGAAACCAAUUACAAUCAGAAUAAUUGAAAAUGCGAUAGAUACAGAAAUUUAUAAUUUUCUUUUUUAUAAAAACAGGGAAUAUUUAUUUUUGGGAACAGAACAUGGAGAACUUUACAUUAGUAAAGUAAAUGAAGAAGACCCAUUAGAUUUAUCAGAUUAUUGGAUUUUGCCUAUACAUGAUUAUUAUAAUGGGCGUAUGUCUAAAAUUUUAUUCAGUUAUAAUAAAACAAUGUUGUUAACGUGUGGUCAUGAUGGAAAUAUAUUUUCUUUUAACAUUAAUGAUGAUACACCAGAUGAAAGUAUCAUAAUACCAAAACCAACACCUUCUUUUCCACUACCCAAGAAUAUUGAAGACAUUGAAGAUCCUGAACAUCCAAGUUUGGAGCAAGUAAUUACACAAAGAGAGCACAAUCGAAUUAUGUCAAUUGCAGAAAGAAAGAAGAAAGCAAUUCUUCAAAUUAUACGUGAUUUAACAGAAGAAUUUGUUACAAUUACUACUAGGAAUAAAAAUCUUCUGCCAUCACAGCAAAUAUUACAGUUUGAAUUAGAUCACAGAAUAACGGCAGACUUGAAACAACAACUGAAAGCCCAUAUAACUUUGACCCGAAAAAAGUUGGAAUAUCAAAUGGAGAAAAGUAAACUAGAAUUACGAAAACUUAUGAAUCAUUUUGUUACGUCUAUUACCUGUUUGCCUUUUGCGGUUCGUGGUAUACUACACGGAGAUAAAGAAGUGUACUCUUUGAGAGAAUUAAAGUUGAAUAUUAUAAAUAUUGCAAAAUGCAUUGAAAAAAUGAAGCAUAGCGAAAUGGGACGAAAAACAGACACAGCAACAGAAGAAAUGGUAGAAAUGGAAAAAUAUGAAUCAUAUGAAGAGGAACUACAACAAAUAGAUGUUCUUUUAGGUGAAGAUUAUAGCGAUUUGUCGACUGGGCUAGGAUUGCAAAUUAAGCAAGUGUUAAUGAAAUAUAAAGACCAAAAAUUAAAAUUGUUUCAAAGACAACAAGAAUGGCAAAAGUUGAAUGCGAAAAAACCAAAUUUAGAAAAGAGUCGCCUGGAAGAUGCAGCUUUCCUAGAUAAGGCCAAAGAAACUAUUGGCGAAUAUAAUUUGAAGAUCAAUACAGGUUUCAAUUUAAUGAAGAAAAAGGAAACAGCAGUUUCAAAAUAUAAGCAACUUUUAGACUGUAGAAGUAAGCUUUAUUACCUACGAGAAGAUUUUAAUGAAAAAUUAAGGUCGAUUAGGUCAGAGAAACAAAAGUUGCUGAAAGAAGUUAAUGAUUUGACAGAAAUUCUUAAAAGAAUUCACAUGGAACUUCCAUGGAAGAACAUAAAACCUUUACCAGAUUUACCAAAACUAAAUGUUGAUACUGAGUUUCCUGAACACCACCUUGAGAUCGAAAAAUACAUGUCAAUGUCAGAAAAAAUGGAACAAGUAAAACAACGAAAACAAUCAACUGUAAAUCAAUUAGGGGAUCCUUUUGAUUUAGAAUAUGAAGCAUUAUAUGGUGGUAAUAAAAGGGUCUUUGGCGAUGAAGCGGAAAGUCUCGCCACUCUAGUUUCCUCUUCAAAGAUGAAAAUGACCCACAGUGAUUUACUUCAAAGUCUUACUACAAAUGAUUCCUUUCAAACUACGUGGGAACGAGAAAUGAAACGUUCACGAAUGUGGCGAAAGCUAUAUGAACAGGAUUGUAUUCUACAUUCAAUUGAUGUUAGCUAUAAAAAAUUAGAGAAUGAAUUAAAUGAAUUAGAGGAAUAUAGACUUUAUGUUACGUAUCGAAGCAUAUACAUGAAUCUAUAUUUACUAACUCUCUAUGAAGAAUUUAUCAUUUUAAGAGAAUGUGAAGCGACUGAACGUACUCUUGAAAAGAAAGUUGAUGAAAAAUUGAACGAGCGUUCCACAGUGAUGCUAAAAAUACAAACUACAAAUGUUAACAUUUCAAUGAAAGAAGACGAGAUUCGAAAACUACACACAAGAAGUAAAGAUAUUGCUGCUGAAUUUGCUAAAGCUAUAUUUGAGAACAAAUUUCACGAUUUUCUUCAAAAAAUAUUUAAAAAGAAAUACACAGCUACAAGAGAACGAGAUGAUUCUUUAGAUUCUGAAACGCAAUCGUCUGAAACCAGUUCUGAAGAAUCGGACGAUACGGUAGAUUCCGAAACAGAACAUAUUCCACUUGACGAAAGUAUAUGUCCAUCAGGGUGUGAUAAAGACUUAUAUGAAAUGGCAUUUUUUAUGAGGGAAAAACGAUAUGAGUGUGAAUUUCAGAUCAAAGAAAAACAAAGGGAAAUAGAGUUACUACACAAAGAACUGGAAACUGAUACAAAACAUUUAAAAGUUAUUGACAAUAGUUUGAAAAGUAAUCAAGCAGAAUUACAAGAGUUUGUGUUAAAGAAACAAAGAAAAUUAAAUGAGAUUGAUGUAACAAUUGUAUUAAAACUUCAUCAAUUGCAACAUAUGUCAGAUUCUGAACACAUGACAGAACUUCAAAAUUGUGUACUUUUUAAUAAGAAAGAAUUAUCAAAUCUGUACAGCAGAAUCGGAGAACUACAAGAAGAAACAUAUAAUUUAGAAGAAAAGCGCAGAAAAAAUGAAACACACCUUAAAAGAAUAAAAUUAGAUUUAAAGUACAUGGAAAGUGAGAACAAAAAACUUAAAGAAGACAUAAAGGAGAAAAUGAUACAAAAAUUUGGUCGAGAAGUAUCCCUCAUCAACCUUUACGAAACUAUUUUGCAAAGAUUAAUUUAUGAUACCAAAACGGAUGUACGAAAAAUUAUGAAAAAUUACAACAAAGACAUAAAGAGUAUUAAAGAGAAUUAUGAUGAAGCAUUAAUUGUUUUGGAAAACGUAAUUCGAGAUAACACUGAAAAGUUAAGUUUACUGACAAUCCUAGAAAAAGAAAAGAAUAAACUCAGAAAAGAUUUAGAACGUGUUUUAAUUCCAAAAGAAAAUAUGGUACAAACUGAACUAGAAUAUAAAGCUGAUAUAAAUAUGCUUGAAAAUAUUCUUGAUCAUCAAAUGCAACAGAAAAAGUUGCUACAGUAUGACAUAGAAAAUCUUAAAACUGGAGGAAGAAAAUUGCCUCCAAUUUGUAUGAAAGAUGAUGUGUUAUAAUAAAAAUUGAUGUUUAAUUUAACAGUUAAUUAAAAAAUUACAUUCUUUUUCUAAUAAAUCUGAUAGCUAUCAAAAUUUGAAUAAGAGUGUUCAAUU